AUGGCGACCGGUGAGAGGCGAUCAAAUCUCAGGUUGCUCAGGACGUCAUUGAUUCUGGACCAAGGCGACACACGCACGACUCGCCAUGGAGACUGUCUCAGACUGUGUACUUACAACGCGAGAACAGUUUCCACAGACGACGACCUGCAUGCCUUUCUCGGAGCUGCAGAGCGUAUCAAAUUUCACGUGAUUGCUCUGCAGGAGACCAAGUGCAGAAGGAGCGACGUACGACAGAUGAAUGACGGUACACUCGUCAUUCGUGGAGAGAAGGUUCCGUCGCGAAAUGUAGGCGGUGUUGGUUUCGUUGUGCACCCAUCUGUCGUCCAUCUCGUCGAUCCUCACGAGAUCCUGUCACCUCGUCUGGCCACUCUUCGCCUCCGCCCUCUGCGCCAAAAAUCCAUCAGUAUCAUCAACUGCUAUUCACCAACAUCAGCAGCUGAUGAUUCCGAAUUGGACGCGUUUUACGAGGAGCUGGAGGAAGUAGUCCACAACGAGAAGUCCUUUUACAAAUUCGUUGUUGGAGACUUGAACGCAAAACUAGGAAAGGCCACAGAAGAGGAAUACAGGAUUGGAAGAUUUGGACUAGGGGACCGGAAUGAAAAUGGCAAUCGUCUCGUCGGGCUGUUGUCCGCCGCUCGCCUCUUUCAUGGGAACUCUCUUUUCAUGAAAAAAGAUCAUCGUCGGUGGACAUGGGAAUCGCCCAAUGGCGCGACUCGUGCGGAGAUCGACCACAUACUCACCAACCGGAGGUGGUGUCUACUUGACGUCUCAGUAGUACCAUCCUUUUGUAGUGGUUCUGAUCACCGUCUCCUUCGUGCGAAAAUACGACUUAGCCACACGAUGGAAAAGAACAUCUGCUAUCGGCUACGAAGGAGAAAAGAAGUCAUCUACGACGAUUGCGUACUCGAGGACUCCCUGUCCCAAGGUGACUGGCACAUCGAGGAGGACCCAAACGUGGACUACGAGAUGCUGCUCAGAGGAUUAUGA